UUGCGUCGGAGCCCGGGACCGGGGAGGGGGAGGGAAGCGGGACGAAGGAGAGCGAGAAACUUGGGGGCAGCCGGGCUGGGCCCCGGGGCCCGGCGGCCCGGGGAGGGCAAGGGAGGGCCGGGACUGCCGCCGCGCAGCUCCCAAUGGGGCUGGAGAAACUUUAAAAGGCGGCCCCGCUGUGGUUGGCUGGUAGCGAGAUUCCGAGCAACAUAUGGCAUUAAAAGGAGCGCAGCUGGAGGUUAUGAAGGCAGAAUGGAGUUCCCGGACCACAGCCGGCAGCUGCUGCAGUGCCUGAGUCAGCAGAGACACCAAGGAUUCCUGUGCGACUCCACUGUGCUUGUGGGAGAAGCUCGUUUCCAGGCUCACAGAGCUGUGCUGGCUUCCUGCAGUAUGUACUUCUACCUCUUCUAUAGGGACCAGUUAGACAAAAGGGAGAUUGUACAUCUGAACAGUGACAUUGUCACGGCCCCGGCCUUCAGCCUGCUGCUUGAAUUCAUGUACGAGGGCAAGCUGGAGUUGAGCAGCCUGCCCAUUGAGGACAUCUUAGCUGCCGCCAGCUACCUCCACAUGUAUGACAUUGUCAAAGUCUGCAAGGGUAAACUAAAGGAAAAAGAACUAGUGAUUGAGGAAGAGAAGGACAGACCCUUCCUGGGCCCCAACAUAUCCCUGGGCCAUGAGUUAGAAUUGCCAGGCCAGCCAAGAUUCAGUCCCCUAGAGUAUGACCGAGCUGGGGCCCACCCCGCCUGGUCUAACAGCCUCAUGGGGCCUUCCUCACUAUCCAGAAAAGCAGAGCUGAGUCUAAGUCCUGGGAAGGCCAAACCACUGGAUAAUGGCGUGGGGGUCCCUCUGUCUCAGAGGACUGAGCUCCCGUUACCCAGCCAAGCCCCCGGUGACUCCGAGUGUGCUCUGGAUCUGUCUCUGAAGCCGAUUUCAGGGAGGGAUGCCCUCCACACCUCCUACGUCUUCAGACAGCUGGCUUCUGAUCAUCGGCAGCAGCAGCAGGAAACGGAGCUGACGGUGAAAGAUGAACAGGACUCAUUGUCAGACCAGGAGGAUGGCGAAGCCAGGAGUCCAGAGGGCCAGCCGUUUGGGCCUGUGGCUAAAAGCCUGGUCACGGGGCUGGGGCACAUGUUUCAUGGGCAGGAAGAUGAGCUGGACCCGGAGCGGGAUGAGAGCGAAGAUGACUUGGAUGCAUCAGACCUCUCUGCUUCAGAGGUGCUGGGGCCCCCUGGCCACAUCUGCAUCUGUCCCCUCUGCAGCAAGGUGUUCCCCAACCCCCAUGUCCUACAGCUGCACCUGAGCUCUCACUUCCGGGACAAGGAUGGUGGCUCAAGGGCUCGAUUGUCACCAGAAGGGUCAGUGCCCACCUGCACACUAUGUGGGAAGACCUUCUCGUGCAUGUACACCCUUAAGAGGCAUGAGCGGACGCACUCGGGUGAGAAGCCGUACACCUGUGUGCAGUGUGGCAAGAGCUUCCAAUACUCACACAACCUUAGCCGACAUGCGGUGGUGCACACUCGAGAAAAGCCUCAUGCCUGCAAGUGGUGUGAGCGGCGUUUUACACAGUCUGGGGAUCUGUACAGGCAUAUCCGAAAGUUCCACUGUGGCCUUGUCAAGUCCCUGGUAGUUUGAAGUUUGAUGAAGGAGCUGGGGUUUGGCUAGAGUGUGUGUACAUGUCUAUUUGUGUGUGUGUGUGUGUGUGUGUGUGUGUGUGUGUGUGUGUGUGUGUGUGUGAGAGAGAGAGUGAGAGAGAGAGAGAGAGAGAUUAUGUCUUUUUGAUUUGGAGAAUGGUUGUACCUACACUCUUUUGAUGCUCCACAUCGGCAGGCAUCCAGCCAGAGGGACUUUAGGGUGUAAGGCUAGGCCAUCCUACUGCAGGACAGGGACAUGCAGAAACUGUUGGGGAGAGGUAGUCUUGCACCACCGAUCCCUGAUCUAACCUCUGAGUAGGAGAAUUCUGAAGCUGCCUCUAGAAAAGUCUUUUCUUCAGAGGUGUUCGAUUAGAGGCCAAGAAGACCUGCUUUUUAAAGUUCUUACCUCGUGGGUUUUUUUGUCUUUUUUCUUUCUUAGCUCAAAAAGAAGAGAAUGUGUUUCUUAGAAGCUAAAGUGCUUUCUAUGCUGACCUCCCUCUUCCUCCCAGCUGGGCUCCAGGCAGCAGUCCCCAAGGGAUAGGGAUAGGGAGAGACCCCCUGAAAAGGUCCACUUAACAUUCCCUCCCUGAUUGUUUCUCUGGGGAUUUAAUGUGGCCAUUUCUCAUUUCCACUAUUCACUUCCUAGGUUUCUCUCUUUGGGUAGAUGUCAUUUUCAAGCUCCUCUUGGCAUGUUCAUCAUCCUUCCUUGGGCCUUUUGGAAUUGAAAGGGAAUAUCAGUGGGAUCUGCCUUUUGCUGUUCUUUCCCAAUGAAGAAUAUCUAUGUCAUACAGAGAGAUGUCUGUGUGAUGAAUAACCUGGUGAGUUCCAUUAGGGAACUUGGGGAUCAGUGCAGAAAUGGAACCUCUUUGGUACACUGGGAGUAGUGGGGGCAGAAUUGGGUGUUGGACAAACCACAGAACAAAGCAAAUGAUUUAAGUUCCCUGUUCUGAGUUGGAGAGGUAGGGACCAGAGGGCUGGGCAGUGGUGGCCAUGAGAGAAGCCCAGGAAGGUGGUGGGUAGAGUAAGGGUACUUGACUAGGUCUGUCCUUGGAAAGGAAGGGACAGGUAUUUAAGUAUAUGUGUAUUGAAGCAAGUGUUGGAAAGAACAUUUGAGUUCCCUAGAUCCUGUCAGAUGUAGGAUUUAGGGCAAGAAGACUGAUCAAUUCAAAAAUCAGUUCAUUUUAGAGACAGCAUCAAGCUAGGGACAGAAACAAGUGGAUCUUGGGUGGCAAGAGAGGCAGAUUGGGAGUUAGGAGGACCCAAGUCCACCAACUUGGAGCAACUUUCUCUAUGCAGAGUCUCAAGUGACUGGCCAGCCUCUCCUUGGGGCCUGGCAAUUGGACGUGCCUCACAGAAGGCUUGCCGGUGGAGUCUGGGAGUGAGGUCAAGUUUAAUAACUCUGUCAACCAUUUGCCCCUUUGAGUCUGAGUCCCUGAGUGUGUGAGCAAAUGAUGUUGGGCGUGUUUGUUGUGGACUGCUGGCUGCUCUCCUAACUGAGGUGGGGCUGAAGGGGAUUGACCACUGGCCGCUGUUUCCCCAUCAUCCACUCCCACUUACCUGGAAUUUCCAUAAGGUUGGUUGUUAUUAAUAGCACUGAGCUUGUUCCCUGAAACACUUCAGAUUUUACUGGGGGGAUUUUUUUUUUUUUUUGCACAUUAGUCUAUUUGCCCUCCCUGGUGGGGCAACAUCUUGAGCACUGACUGUGGUAGGAGGUGUGUGGUUUCAGGAGGCAUAUGGGAACUGUUUGGCUGAAACCUGUUGGGGAAGCUCAGUUUCUUCGGGGAACUUUGGCUACUUCUCCUCAAUGAACCCUCCUCCCCACCUCCCCCAGCACCAGCCCCCUUUUGAACUCUGAAUGUAAUGUGAAAAUUCAUUUUAUUUAUGGCAUGUGUCUCAUUUCAUUACCUGACUGUACCUGUACUUCUGCUGAAACUGUUACAUGGCUUUGGAAGAUGUGGUGACCUGCAUUGUCGUCCCGUGGACGUGUGACUCCGUAUCGUGGUCUUAGCCUACUGAAUAAUAUAUCAAUACAUACAUUACACAUAUAGAUAGGCGUAUACAUAUAUAUAUUUUUGCUGUGAUUGGAAAUAGCACUGAGGACAAAGUCUACUAAAAUUAAGUUAUUUUCCUUUUCUCCUGAUGAAACUUGAUGUAGUAUUUAUUAGAAGUUUUCAUUUGAAGUGAUACUAUAACUGCUAGAAACCUUUUUUUACUCUAAACGAUGAGUUUAUCUCCACUGUAAUGCUUCCAAGGUUUCUUUGUUUGGUAAAGGGAGCGAGUGACUAAUAUGUUAGUAUUGGCGAGAAGGGUAGCUGAAGUUUUUCUAAGUUGUUAUUUUUUUACUUUAAAAUUUUGCAUAAUGUUUUUUGUGAUCUCUGUGAAUAAAAGCAAAUUGCAGACUCACAUAUUCCAUACCAAGCCCAGUUCAUGCCCAAGCAAUAGUGAGACAGGGGGCUGAAGGUAGGGCCACAUGUGGCUGAAGUUUCCCUUCACUGGAUGCCCUUCAAGCAGAGGGCUGCAUUACUCCUUACCGGUCAUCAGAGGGUCUAGAGCUGAAAGGGACUUUACAGGUCAUGUAGUCUGAUUCCCUCAUUUUACAGAUGAGAACACAGGCCCAUGGGGGAAAGGAACUUGUCUAAAUUGACCGAGGAAAUAACUAGCAGAGCUGGGUUUGGCAUUUUCAUCCCCUGGUUCCAUUCCAACCACCUUCUUUCCACUACAUGAAAAAGAUGUCUCAGAGGAAGGAUUACUGCCUUCGGACAGAAGGGACCUAGACGGUCCUUAAAAUGCUUUCCAACUCUUUGAUGCUGUGAGCUGAGGUCUUUUAGCUUAGGAAAGCCUAGGGAUCUGGCAUGGGCAGGCAGGUGGUUGUCAGGGGCUCCAAGGUGUGGUAAUUGUGGGGGGGAAGGAAGAGAAUACUUGAACUCUCUGUAGAGAUGCUGUCUUCCUGGCUUCUGCCACUGGGCAGCUCCAACAAGGACUUUUGCACUUGUGUCUGUAUUCUGCUGAAGUGUGUGUGUGUGUGUGUGUGUGUGUGUGUGUGUUUGUGUUUGUGUGUGUUUGAAGGCCAUAGGUCUGAGCACAGUUCUUCCCACAGUGGGUCACUUCCUGGUGGAACAGUUGGGAGAUGCGGCUGCACACUCUCUCUCCCAUGUGGGUGAUUCCAGUCCUGGAGAGUUUAUUUUCUUGGAGAGCGGUCCUGCCCUGACUCAUUAACACUGGGUUUGUCGUCAUCUGCAAACAAAUACUGUGAAGUUAAUGUAAAAAAAACAAAAUCAUCAAUUUUUAAUUUUUUAAUCAAUGCAGUUCAGAUUAAAUAUGUAUAUUUAAAAACUAAUUUUUGUGGAAGAGUUUUAUAGCAAACAAACCUACAGUCUGUAGCAAAGCUAAUCGAACAAAAUCUAUUUUAUCAGAUGGUCCAGUCCCCGUUUUCUAGCGAAUUUCUUCUCCGUAGAUGGUGGUUGGUUGGUUAGUCCAAAGAAGACAAUCACAGAGCCUGUAGGGCCUUUGGGAAGAGUGAUGGUUAGUGUUUGGUUUUCUGUGCGGUCAUCUUCAUCUGCAGCUGUAUCCUUGUGUGCUGUCAAACUGUGACAAUCAUGACUAGGAAUUGCUGUCUCUUCAUUUUCACAAAAUAAUAAUAAAAACAACCCACCCUCCUCCUA